UGUAUGUAUAUCUACAUAGAGCGGCGUGCAUCUGUAUCUGUAUAUAUCAGCUAUAAUAGUAUAUAUAGGCCCGGUUAUAUGCCAAAUGCGUUUGUGCUGUGCAUUUUUCCCAAGUGUAUUGUAAACUUGUGCGCCAACAACAACAACAACAACAACAGCAGCAACAACAACAACAACAACAACUUGCUCUCAGUUUCGUAUUUGUUUUUUUGUGAAAUGUUGAAGCCCUUGAUUUUAAGCACCAGAUACGUUCAUUAGUCGUCGCAAGACAUUUCGUGAUCGUAAACGCGUUUAUAAGCCAACCUCUUGAUCUUGGCUUAGACGGUUAAUACAAGCCAGCGGUAAAAACAGUUCACAAAAUACACAAAAAGAUAUACAAGAAAUCCAAAUAGAAUUUCAGUGUAAUCUGUAAGAAUAAAAAUAUAUGCAAAGUGCUAAAGAGUGGCCAAAAAAAGUGUACGAUCUGGCUAUAAAAGUGCUAGAUUAAAAGCCAAGAAGCAACAAAAGUAAAAUCUGAUUGCAAAAUUCUCAAGUGUGUGGAGUGCUUAAUGUGGGUUAGGGCCUAAACUAGCACAAAUUAAAGCAAUACACAUAACACAUACACACACAUACAUAUAUAUAACACAUACACCCGCACAACAAAUAGACACAAAUUCACACAUGCCAACAACAGCAACAACAACAACAACGAAUGCGCAAAUUUAUGGUUGGUUGUUGGGUUACCACGGCCAGCAGUCGCUUAGGGAAAGAAAAAAACUAACGGAAUAAUGCAACAUUAAGCAAAAUGCUGCUGGCCCUGCUAAAGCUAAAGCAAAGCCCAAACCACCAACAACUACAACAAUCAGAACAACAACAACAACAACGACAACAACAACCUGCAACCAUCGUCGUCGUCGCCGUCGUCGUCGUCAUCGCAGUCACCGUUACCACGAAACGUAGCCGUUGCUGUUGCCGUCUAAAAUGGAACCCUCAUAUGAUCACGAACAUCCACAUCAUCUGCUAACAAAUUACAAUGCUAAAAAGUAUCCUCACGUGUCCCGGACGCCGGAGUAUAGCCACUCGACCGUGGGCAGCGAUUAUCCGGAGCACGGUGUCUACUUGUCCGACGGCCGGCUGCUGCACGAGAGUCCCAGCGAGAGCAUCUACCAUGUGAGGCAGGGCAGCGAGCACUCCUCGCCCAGCUUACACUCUCCAGCCAUACAGAGCGCCGGCUACGACAACGAGCACUCGAUGAACGAGGCGGCGCUCUCGGUGCACAGUCACAGCCACUCGCCAAUGGUGUCCAGUGCGUAUAGUGUGGGCGGCGGUGGUGGCGGCGCAGCCACAUCCUCACUGAUCAACAGCAAUAUACCGCUGCUGGGUGGCGGUGGGAGCUCGGUGCUGAACAAGUUCUUGUCGCAUCCGCAUGCCGGAAUGGACGAAUGCGGCGCAGCGCCGCUGGAGCCGGCGUCCAUGUGGAGCUAUGACUACAAGGGCGACAUAUGUGCCUCCAAUUGUGGCUACCUGGAUCGGCACAAGGCCUUGGCCAGCGAUCUGAAGUACAGGCCAGGCGGCAAUCAGUCAAAAAGUGCCAAAGAGUCGCGCAUUCGCCGGCCGAUGAACGCGUUCAUGGUCUGGGCCAAGAUCGAGCGCAAGAAGCUGGCCGACGAGAAUCCCGAUCUGCACAAUGCCGAUCUCAGCAAGAUGUUGGGCAAAAAGUGGCGCUCCCUGACGCCGCAGGAUCGUCGACCGUAUGUGGAGGAGGCGGAACGUUUGCGCGUCAUUCACAUGACCGAGCACCCGAACUACAAAUAUCGGCCCAGGCGGCGGAAGCAAUCGAAGCUGCGCACCCUGCAGCCGGGCAAGGAGCAGCAGGCAGACGCUGCCGCACAGACGGCGGCCGGCGGAGCCAAGAGCACGCCCAAGCUAUCGUCGCCACCGUUGGCGACAGCCACCAGCGGCAGCUACAACACGCCCACCGACGACAGCCGCAACUCCACGCCCCAAAAUGUGGGCGGGCUGUACGAGCAGCCACUGAAGCCGAGCUACUCGCCCAGCUCGGUGGACUGCUACAGCAAUGCGGAUAGCACGGAGCAAAUCGAGUCUCUGAAUGCCAGCUGCAAUGAAUCCUCCCCAGUCGGCAAUGUCACCAACGUCUCCAGCUAUGACAGCUCGCUGCUGCUCAAGAAGCUGACGAAGCCGUCGCCGGCGUCGUCCAGUCGAGCGGCCAAGCAACGCAGUGAGAAGCAAGCGAAGCUGGACGACAAGUCCAAGCAGCAGCAGCARCAACAGCAGCAGCAGCAGACCAGCCUGUACGCCUCCUAUCCGCUGAGCAGCUCCGUGGCCGUGGUGGCGGCGCGUGGCAUGUACGUGACGUGCAACAAUCGCGGCCUGCUGGACCAUGGGCACUCGGUGAAGGGCACCUUUUAUCCGCCCGUGUCCAGUGCUGACGACGAUGCCGGCAGCAGCAUCACCACCAUGCGCCAGCCGCACUGCAGCACCAGCUCCAGCCUGUGCACUACCAUAUCCAGCGCCAGUGCCAAUGAGCUGAACAGCUACACGGUGGCCAUGGCCGAGAGCAACUGCAGCAGUGGCGGCGGCGGCGGCGGUGGCGCCAGCGUCGGCAGCCUGCGACUCAGCAUGAACGAUCUGGGCGCCGUGUCCAAUGAUUACCUGUCCAGUGUGAAUGCCAAUGCGUACGGCAUGCAGUACGAGGACUUUCUGCGCUACCAGACCAACGACCUGGACUACGAUCAGCUGAAGGAGACGACGGCAGCGACAACGCCGACGACGUCCGACAACGGGGCACAGAAGUGCGCCAAGUAUCCGGACACCAAUCACAACUAUGACGACUACGAGGCGGAGGCCUAUAACAAUGCCAUGCUGCUAACGGCGCCGGGGCCACCGCACAGUGGAGCCACUACCGCCAGCUACUACACACAGCUGCCCUAUUCGCUGGCCAGCGGCGCAUGCACCGCCUUUCCCCUGCAGCUGGCGGUGCCCUUCCAGCAGACAUCGGCCGCUGGCGGCGCAGCUGCCUAUGGACAGCCGAUGCAGAGCAGCUACCUGCACUACGGCAACUACUAUGAGGCCGCCAAUGGAGCGGGUGCUCAACUGCUGCCGCAGCAGGCGCCAGCUGUAACGCCGCCAGGCACGGCUAUGCAGCAGCAGCAGCAGCAGCAUCAUCAUCAUCAUCCCCAUGCCCAUCAUCAUCAUCCUCAUCAUCACUUUGCGGCCAAUGGCGGCAGCUCAUCUCCUGGCAUGGUGGGCGAUAUGCUCUUUGAGCAUCAACAGCAGCAGCAGCAACAGCAACAACAGCAGCAACAGCAGCAGCAGCAGCAACAUCAACAACAGCAACAGCAGCAGCAACAACUUCAACAACAGCAGCAACAGCUGCAUCCGCGCAAGGACGAUGAGAUUAGCAAUAUCCUGGCGGGUGUGCGCAAGACCUGCUACAGUAAUUAAUUAACGGCGGCAGCUCACAGGAUCCGCCUGCUCUGAAAUUUGUUAUAUUUGAAUGUAGAGUUUAGCGCUUGGUUAACGGUACGCAUAAGUAUUGCUCCCCCUACCUACCCCUGCCUACGUCCCAAUUUCCUUCUUUACAAAAUGUACUAUAUUUAGAGUUUUUCUAUUAUUAAUCUAUCAUAUGAGAUAUGUUAAACUUAAGUUAGUUUGCAUUGAAAUAAAAUCAAA